AUGUUGGUGAAACAAAAAUUAUAUAUGGCAAGAAUUCUAGAAGCAUUUCUUAUAUUAUAUAUAUGUAUUAAUUGGUUAAUAUAUGAAUUUGGAGAAAAUAUAUACACAAAUCUCACUGAAAAUAUUUUUAAAUAGUACUCUCAAAAUAAUUCUUCAUCUGUCUCUUCAUCAAUUAUAAGAAGUUAGUUUUGUUUGAUAGACAACUAUCUUCUGUAUUUUUUAAUUAAUUAUAAAAAAAAGAAUGAGAGUUAUUCUGCACUCAUUGUAGAAGGUAUUUUAAAUUCAUUUCUAACUAUUAGAUCUUUUAGAAAAAGUUUCUCUUCCUCAUUAACAAGUUUAAGUUCGCCUAGAGAGCGCAAGGUUUAAAAACACAUCCUAUAAAAGGAUUCAUUCAUCAUUUCUGAUUAAUAAUAUUAAUUUGCUCUUUUUUUUAUUGUGCUGA